AUCACAUGCAACAACUGAUUUGCUUGCGUUACAGAAGCAGAAAAAGUGAAGAGUUUCGUUUGGGCGAAACAACUUUCAAACCAAUAAACGCGCAUAAACACGCACAACAGCUCAACCAUAUUACUCCAUUGAACCUUGCAUAUAUAUAUAUAUAUAUACGCAUACAAACAAUUUAGAACAGACCUCGCGCAUCGGGUUCUCCGGCGACACAUCCGAAUUGUUUCCCGGCAAGAUCUUGUCUCUCAGUCGGGAGAUUUCAACUGUUCCGAUCAGUGUGUCCGAUCCGACUGCUUUUCUGGAUAGAUCCGACUGAUGGCUCCGGUUUCAGCUCUCGCCAAGUACAAACUCGUGUUUCUCGGUGACCAAUCAGUCGGCAAGACUAGCAUCAUCACUCGAUUCAUGUACGAUAAGUUCGAUAAUACAUAUCAGGCUACUAUUGGUAUUGAUUUUCUAUCAAAGACAAUGUACCUCGAAGAUCGAACAGUUCGACUGCAGCUCUGGGAUACUGCUGGACAAGAAAGGUUCAGGAGCCUCAUUCCAAGCUAUAUUAGGGAUUCCUCUGUUGCAGUCAUUGUAUAUGAUGUUGCAAGCAGGCAAUCAUUUCUGAACACUUCAAAGUGGAUUGAGGAGGUCCGCACUGAGCGGGGCAGUGAUGUUAUAAUUGUUCUUGUUGGAAACAAAACAGACCUAGUGGAUAAGAGGCAAGUCUCAAUAGAGGAAGGAGAAGCCAAAGCUCGUGACUUGAGUGUUAUGUUUAUUGAAACCAGUGCGAAGGCCGGCUUCAAUAUAAAGGCGCUAUUUCGUAAGAUUGCUGCAGCCUUACCCGGAAUGGAAACACUAUCUUCGGCAAAGCAAGAGGACAUGGUUGACGUCAAUCUCAAGUCCAACACAAGUGCAUCUCAGUCACAGCCACAGUCGGGAGGAUGCGCCUGUUGACACAGUUUUUAUUCGGAGACUGGUUCUUUGCCUCAUUCCUUGUAUUUUUCCGUGACCCCCUACAACAUGUCAUGUAAAGUUCUUCCUAGUCGUCCGGCAUAGCAUUUGAAUUUUGAGUGUGCAUUGUUUUUAAAAGAUUUAGCUUGAAACAGGUGAUGAUUAUCAUUGUGUGUAGUUGAACAAAUCCUAAAAAUUUUCAUUUUUUCUGUAUGAUUCUUGUGGACCUAUAGUGAGUCAGGCGUUUUUUUGUUUUUUGUUUUUGCAUAUAAAAUGUAUUAGAUGAAAUAUAAUUUACUCAAAAAUUAUGAUUCCAUUUGAUCAAGC